AAACAGUGAAAAGCGUGGUUUGUAAUAGCGCUUUAGUUUAGUUUGAAAAUUCCGUCCAAAUUAAACCUAAUUUGAAAAAUAAAAUUGCUAUUUUAGCUUAAUUUGGGAAAGCCUCCAACAGCUGGGCACUUUCGUAAUUAAAAGUAAGUACUACACGACUAGGAUCAUAUUCACAUUUCCCUCUUUCUUACAUGUAUAAAGUAAGUACUACACGACUAGGAUCAUAUUCACAUUUCCCUCUUUCUUACAUGUAUAAAGUCUUGAUUUGUUUAAUAUCAUCACAUCUCAGCUCAUCUCAUCACAUUAUUACAAACCCAAGAAAUUCUGAGAAGAGAAAGUUUGGUUGGAAAGAGAUCCAAUUCUAGAUGGGUUUUGUGAGUUUUCUCAAGUUGGGUUUGAAGUGCUUCUUCGAUUUCCUGGCUUGGCCUCUUUUUGCUCUGGUCUGUCCUCUAUAUGCCUCAGUUCAGGCAAUCGAGAGUAAUUCCAACUCGGACAUGCGAAAUUUGGUGGCAUAUUGGAUUGUUUUCUCUUUGAUUUCUCUAUUCGAGCUUGCUUUUGCGAAACUCAUUGAAUGGCUUCCAUUCUGGCCUUACAUGAAGCUAAUGGCCAUUUGUUGGUUGGGGAUUCCCAAUUUUAAGGGUGCUUGUUAUGUUUACGAGUGCCUGAUUCAUUCAUGCUUAUCUGUGAAUCUACAAGGAGUUAUCAAACGCUUCGUUAAACACAAGGAUGACCUACCUCUCAAUGCAGAAAGCUUUCUAGCUGUGGCAGAGAGGUACGUUAAAGAGAACAGAUCAGAAGAGUUGGAGAAACUCAUUGAUAGAUCAAGGCAUACGACACCUAACAUUGACGAGGAAGAUGUGAAGGCAGUAACGAAUACAGAGGAAAAAGAAACGGCCACAGCAAUCCAGACAUUCGAAGAGCCUAAUGUUGCUAAGGAGGAUGCUAAAGCAGUGGAUCCAAAGGAGAAAAUUCUGUCAGAUUCAACACACUGGUCCAGAUUCGAAGAGCCUUAUGUUGCUAACGAGAAUGCCAAAGCAGGGGAACUAAACGAGAAAAAUCCCACAGCUGCAACAGAACAGGUUAGCUGUGUAGAGCCAAAUCUUAUUCAAACGGAAAAGAAAACAGUUGCAGCAAGCGAAAUCAUAGAAAAGAUGGUGACUCAAGACGUAAGAGAGAGCAAAGUCGUGGAGGUACCUGCAGUGGCAGGUGGUGGUGGAGAGAACAAAGUCACAGAGAUACCUUCUUCAGAGUAUGUUCAGAGAGAGUGGACCGCAUGUCACUUGACAACCAUGUGCGAGAAAAACUUUCAGUCUCAUCUUCAAGGGAGAAAACACAAGGCGAAGCUUGCAGCAGAGGAAAAAGAAAUCCAGACAUUCAAAGAGGCUAAUGUUGCCAAGGAGGAUGCUAAAGCAAUGGAAUCAAAGGAGAAAAUUCCGUCAGAUUCAACACAACGGUCCAAAUUCAAAGAUCCUAAUGUUGCCAACAAGAAUACCAAAGCAGGGGAACUAAACGAGAAAAAUCCCACAGCUGCAAUAGAACAGGUUAACUGUGUAGAGCCAAAUCUUAUUCAAACUGAAAAGAAAACAGUUGCAGCUAGCGAAAUCAUAGAAAAGACGGUGACACAAGAUUUAAGAGAGAACAAAGUUGUGGAGGUACCUGCAGCGGCAGCUGGUGGUGGAGAGAACAAAGUCACGGAGGUACCUGCUUCAGAGAAUGUUCAGAGAGAGUGGACCUGUGCUGCGUGUCAUGUGACAACCAUGUGCGAGAAAAACUUUCAGUCUCAUCUUCAAGGGAGAAAACACAAGGCGAAGUUUGUAGCAGAGGAAAAAGAAAUCCAGACAAUCAAAGAGGCUAAUGUUGCCAAGGAGGAUGCUAAAGUAGUGGAAUCAAAGGAGAAAAUUCCAUCAGAUUCAACGCAAUGGUCCAAAUUCAAAGACCCUAAUGUUGCCAACAAGAAUACCAAAGCAGGGGAACUAAGCGAGAAAAAUCCUGCAGCUGCAAUAGAACAGGUUAACUGUGUAGAGCCAAAUCUUAUUCAAACUGAAAAGAACACAGUUGCAGCUAGAGAAAUCAUAGAAAAGACAGUGACACAAGAUGUAAGAGAGAACAAAGUCUUGGAGGUACCUGCAGUGGCAGCUGGUGGUGGAGAGAACAAAGUCACGGAGAUACCUGCUUCAGAGUAUGUUCAGAGAGAGUGGACCUGUGCUGCAUGUCACUUGACAACCAUGUGUGAGAAAAACUUUCAGUCUCAUCUUCAAGGAAGAAAACACAAGGCGAAGCUUGCAGCAGAGGAAAAAGAAAUGCAGUGUACCUAUAUGGGAUAUGAGGCUAAUGUUGCCAAGGAGGAUGCUAAAGUAGUGGAAUCAAAGGAGAAAAUUCCGUCAGAUUCAACACAAUGGUCCAAAUUCAAAGACCCUAAUGUUGCCAACAAGAAUAUCAAAGCAGGGGAACUAAACGAGAAAAAUCCCGGAGCUACAAUAGAACAGGUUAACUGUGUAGAGCCAAAUCUUAAUCAAACUGAAAAGAAAACAUUUGCAGCUAGCGGAAUCAUAGAAAAGACGGUGACUCAAGACGUAAGACAGAACAAAGUCAUGGAGGUACCUGCAGCGGCAGCUGGUGGUGGAGAGAACAAAGUCACGGAGAUACCUGCCCUGGAGAAUGUUCAGAGAGAGUGGACCUAUGCCGCAUGUCAGGUGACAACCAUGUGUGAGAAAAAUUUUCAGUCUCAUCUUCAAGGGAGAAAACACAAUGCUGAGUUUGCAGUAGAGGGAAAAGAAAUCCAGGUUAAGUGUGUAGAAGAGCUAAAUCUUGCUCAACCUGAGAAGAAAACGGUUGCAGCUAGGGAAACUAAAGAGCAGGAUAAGUGUGUAGAAGAUCCAAAUCUUGCUCAAACUGAGAAGAAAACAGUUGCAUCUAUUGAAAGUAAAGGAAAGACAGUGACAGCAGCCGUAAGAGAGAACAUAGUUGUGGAGGUACCUGCUGCAACAUCUGGUGGCGGGGAGAACAAAGAUGUGGAGAAACCUGCUUUGGAGAACGUUCAGAAAGAGUGGACCUGUGCCAUAUGUCAGGUGACAACCACGUGUGAGGCAAGCUUGAUGUCUCAUCUUUAUGGGAGAAAACACAGGGCUACGUGCGCAGAGCUGCAAGCAAGCAAGCAAUCAAACAAAGACAAGGGCUGCUCAUCUUCGACAGCCAAUCAGGAGCAGCCAAAAAAGCCCAAUAACCAGAAUAAAAGUAAGAAAAAAGAGGACAAGGUGCAAGUGAACCAAACUAGUGAGCAAUACAAACAGAAAGAAGUAAACAACACUACUGGUUAUGGGGUGAAUAAUAAUUCUCAAUUAUGGUGCAUCAUCUGUAAUGUCAAGUGCCUCAGUGAGGUUGAUGUGGCCUCUCAUCUUAAAGGGAAGAGGCACUUGUCCCAGGUUCAAAAGAUGUUGGAUUCUUUAGGUGGAGGGCAUUAAUAGGAUUAUGGAGGUAGUUUAUAUUUUUUUAUUUUUUGUGUUUUAUGGUUAUGUAGGGAUUGUACUAAACUUGUAAUGGUCCAGUGAACAGAGCAUAGAAUUUUUACCAGACUUCCCCAAGAUGUAGCGUUGUUAUAUAUAUUUUUUCCUUCUUCUAAAUUGUUUGAUUUGUUUA